AAUAAACAAAAAAGUACGAAUUUCACUACUUAAGAGUGAAUAUUAAAUAGAAAAUGACCUCAACAGAUGAAAAAGUGGACGCCAAGCCCAAUAUAUUAAUUACUGGUACACCUGGCGCGGGAAAGUCCUAUUUAUGCCAAAGGCUAGCGGAUCAACUGAAACUAAAUUGGUUGGAUUGCUCCAAAAUCGCCAAGGAGAAUGAUUUUGUUGAGGAGUAUGAUGAUGAGUACGAGUGUCCUAUAUUAGACGAAGAUAAGCUUAUGGACUACAUGGAACCGCUCAUGCAACAAGGUGGUAAUAUAGUUGAAUACCAUGGCUGUGAUUUCUUCCCAGAACGUUGGUUUCAAGCAGUUUUUGUGCUUACCUGCUCGAAUACGCAGCUAUUUGAUCGCCUCAAGGAGCGUGGAUAUAAUGAGAAAAAGUUGAAAUCAAAUCUUGAAUGUGAAAUAUUCGGCACUGUGCUUGAAGAAGCACGUGAAUCGUAUAAACCAGAUAUUGUAUUUGAAUUAAAAGGUGAUACUAAACUGGAUGCGGAGGAUAGCUGUAAGACUGUUAAGAACUGGUAUAAGGCUUGGAAGCGGAAGUAAUGUGUUAUUGUUAUUAACGAAAAUUAAAACAAAGUUACUAUAUAUGCACGCUAGUAUAAACAUAAUUUCUUAUUAUGAAAUAAAACAUAAUUUAAGAACACACCAAA